UUUAGGAUGGUGUGUGUCUUUUGGUGGAGGAAUGCUUGUCACCUACUCCUUUUAAGUUCCCAUUUUUUCCCUUAAAACUUAGUAUGCUUGUUAAGAGAGAAAAUAAGAAACAAAGAGUAAAGAGAAACAAAACAAAAAGUGUUCAAGUUGGUGUUGCUGCUAUGGAAAGACACAAAUGCAAGCUAUGUUCAAGAACAUUUGGUAAUGGAAGAGCACUUGGUGGUCACAUGAAAGCUCAUCUUGCAACAAUUAAGUCUCAAAAACAACAAUUCACUCAAUUUGCUUCUUUUUCAUCUUCAUCAGAAUCAGAACAUGAAGAAGAAAAAACUUUGAUUAAUUAUGUUUUGAGAGAGAAUCCAAAGAAAAGUCUGAAAAUUGUAGAUCCUGAAUUUUCUUUCUUACCUGAUCAGACUGAGUCUGUUAUUGUUCAAGAUAGAGAAAGUGAGACUGAGUCAAAAAACAACCCGACUCGUCAACAACGUUCCAAACGGAACAGAAAACAUAACAACAACAACAACAACAAGAAUUUUCCAGAAGGGAAAAAAUCGAAGCCGAGUUUUAUGAUGUUAACAGCACCACCACCAUUCAAUGAUCAAGAACCUGUUAGUUCAGUUUCUGAUACUUCUCCUGAAGAAGAUGUUGCUAUGUGUCUGAUGAUGCUUUCUAGAGACAAAUGGAGUAGGGAGAUGAACAUUAACAAUGUGGUUGAAGAAGAGGGAUCGGUGGAAAAAACAUCGAAGUUGUUGAAACGUGUUCGCGGGAAGCAUUUAUGUGAAAAUUGUCGAAAAUCUUUUCGAUCUUCAAGAGCAUUAGGAAGUCAUAGAAGUGUUUGUUGUCGCGAUGAAGCGAAAAAUGGUAAUGGUAAAAAUGAUGAUAAGAUUUUUGAAUGUCCAUUUUGUUUUAAGGUUUUUGGUUCUGGUCAAGCACUUGGUGGUCACAAGAGAUCUCAUCUCAUGAUCCCUUCUUCAUCAAAUUCGACUCCUAAUGUUAAUGCUAACGCUAAUGUUGAAGCUAAUGUUGAUGUUUCUGUUAGAUUCAAAGAAAGUUUCAUAGAUCUCAAUUUGCCAGCACCACUUGAAGAAGAAGAAGAUGAUGAUGAUCUUAGUGUUGUUUCUGAAGCCUAAUUGUGUGGCUAUUUAAUAUUGAUUAAUUAUUAUUAUUAGUAGUAGUUGUUAAUUUGUUGGAA